GGUUCCGUGUGUCGUUGUUGUUGUUGUUGUUUUCGGAGGCAACUCAGUGAGAGCCGGUGUGCUAAAGAUGAGUCCUUCCACGCAAUGUAGGAUGAAUUGAUUUCUCUCGUGACGGGGAUAUUUUUGGACGCGGUGGCCGUUUUGGGAGUAUUCCCGGGAGUCAGAGGUCGUUCUACAAACAGUUUUCCUCCAACUAUGGACAAGACCCAUCUAUCGAGCCCUAAUGAAAUCAUAAUGACAAGCUCAACAGGCCCUUACCAGCAGGAACCCCUGACACCACCCAGACCUGCCCAUCACCACUCCUCAUCUUCUUCCUUAUCCUCCCCCUCUCCGUCCUCCUCACCCCUCAAGCCGAACCAGGUGGGCCAGGUCAUCCUGUACGGCGUUCCCAUCGUGUCGCUGGUCAUCGAUCACAAUGAGAGACUUUGCCUGGCACAGAUCUCCAACACGCUCCUCAAGAACUACAGUUACAACGAGAUCCACAACCGGCGCGUGGCGCUGGGCAUCACCUGUGUCCAGUGCACUCCGGUUCAGCUGGAGAUUCUCCGUCGGGCCGGUGCCAUGCCCAUCUCGUCGCGGCGCUGUGGCAUGAUCACCAAGCGCGAGGCGGAGCGCCUCUGCAAGUCCUUCCUGGGAGAGAACGCGCCGCCCAAACUGCCAGACAACUUUGCCUUCGAUGUGACCCACGAGUGCGCCUGGGGUUGCCGUGGUAACUUCAUCCCAGCACGCUACAACAGCUCCAGGGCCAAAUGCAUCAAGUGCUCUUUGUGCAACAUGUACUUCUCCCCGAAUAAAUUCAUUUUCCACUCUCACCGCACACCGGACGCCAAGUACACCCAGCCGGACGCUGCCAACUUCAACUCCUGGCGACGACACCUCAAACUCUCGGACAAACAUCCAGCGGAUGAGUUAGCCUUCGCGUGGGAAGACGUCAAGGCCAUGUUCAACGGAGGCAGCCGAAAGAGAGCGCUGCCCUCUUCGUCGCACUGCUCCUCCAUGGGUCCUAUGAAGACUCUCCCAGGUUCGGUGCUGCCUCACAUGAUGGGACCCGACCUGGUCUCUCAGAAAAGAGCCCGCUUUGAGGAGGACGACGAUUUGGACGGAGGCAGUCUGUCUCCGCGCAAGCCGCCACGUAGCUACCCUGUCAUCCCUGUCCCGAGCAAAGGCUUCGGCAUGCUGCAGAAGUUCCCUCCCACGUCGCUCUUCCCCUCGCCUUACCCCUUCCCGGCAUUCGGCCUCUGCCAGCAGAAAAAAGACGACAGUGAUGUUUCAGCUGGCCAGAAAGGAACGGGGUUGUCGGGUCUUUUAUGGCCUGGCCGCAAAGACACAUUUUAUCCUCCUUUCUGCAUGUUUUGGCCCCCACGGGCAGCGGGAGGAAUCCCUGUCCCCACCUACCUCCAGCCUCAGCCCAGCGCCCUCUCCUCCCUGGCAGACAACCCCUCUCUCAGACAGGCCUUUUUGGAUCUCUCAGACCCCAGUGAGCCUGGCGCCAUAGCCGGCAGCGGCAAUAGCGUCAGCGCAACCAUGGCCCCCGGCAGCGGGACUACAACAACCAGACCCGGGCUGUUCGACCCCGAGUGUACGACGGCGGCCCCCGACCUUCGCCCUGUGACGUCGGAGGGCUGGCUCAAACUCCUGGACACCCCAGCCCUCCAAACCAGGAAGCCGAGCUACGGCUCGGCUUUCCGACCUGUCAUCAAGGACGCCGAGAGCAUCGCCAAGCUGCACGCCAGCGGUGGAGCAGUCACUGGGACAACAGAUGAGGACUUUGGGGUCGUGGUCGCCAGGUCGGACCGCCACCAGCGGCUAUCGCCCACCAGCAGCUGUAGUUACGGAAGUGACAGUGGGGGAGAAGGAGAGGCGGAGGGGUUGGAAAGCGAGGAGGAGGGGGAGGUGGAUGUGGAGUCGUCGAAGCAGGAGGACGAGGAGGAGGAAGGCACCUUUUUGAACAGGCCGCCACGGACUCAAACCAACCUGUAUCUCCCCACAAUGAGCGACAGCCAUGGAGAGGAGAGGGGGAAGGAGAGAGGGAGGUACACCAGCACCUCCCCGCCCUCCUCCACGGAGCCCACCCAGCAUGGGUCCUCCAGCCUACCCGCCUCCCCGACUGCUAGCCUUCCUCUCUCCAGUUCCACCCCACCUCACCGAGAGGACUCAGCUUACAAAAACUCUCAGAAAAAUAAAGACGAAGGACUGCCUGUCUACGCAACCAAAGACAACUCCAGCAUUUCUGAUGAAAACAAAGAGCAGAAUAGUUUCUUUGUACCAGAGAGCGAAACGUCGGCGCCUGACUACUGGAGGGAAAGCUCAGGUGAUCGAAGCCAAGGUGCUGCCUCUCCUGUGCCGCUAAAGAAGGAUGUCGAGAACAUGGAGAAAGAAGAGCUCCAGAAGGUUCUGUUGGAGCAGAUUGACUUUAGGAGGCGACUGGAGCAGGAGUUUCACGCUCUGAAGGGCACUUCACCAUUCCCUGUCUUCCAUAAUUUCCAAGACCAGAUGAAACGAGAGCUCGCCUACAGAGAAGAGAUGGUUCAACAGUUACAGAUGAUUCCAUACGCAAACAUCAUCAGGAAAGAAAAGAUCAGCUCCCAUUUGAACAAAUAACUAAAAGCCUGAACCCACAAACUCCUGUGUGAGAAGAAGCAGGUGUGUGGAUUCCUGUGAAUACCCCAACAAGAAGAAAAAAACCCACUCAUGUGAGAAAUAUUGGAAGGACUCAAACUGAAAGGAAAAAGACACUAUAUGAAAUAGAAGUACUUUUUAGAAGUUUUCCUUCAACAGUGUUUUUUUCUGCUUCUGCGGUAAACCCUCUGUUAAUAACCCUGCACUUAAACACUGUUCGAUAAAAACAGCUCCCUGUUUCUUUUUCCCCGGUCCAGUUUAUUCCCUGACCUGAAACCGCUGACAUACAGGGCUACAGAACGACUCCGCCCCUUUUUGUCAUUGCUGCGCUGGCAGUCAGACCAAAAGCUUUACCAAAGCAGCCACAACCUUUCUGGUCUUUUGUGAAUUUUAGGGCCGUUGGAAAGAACCAGGAGGGCAGUUGAAGACUUUGUACAAAACUCUUUUUUUCUCAGCUCGAAAAACCGACAAAGAGCAAGAGGACAUAGAGACAAUAAGACUGGGUGUCAAUGUCUGUGACUGUGAUCGCUGCUGGCCCAACUGUACAUUGACCACACUGUGGGUGAGCACGGACUUACCACGGGAGGUUGCCGCUGUUGUAAUUAUUGCUGUUGCCUUCGUUUCACAUAGCGGGGCCCCGAUGGAGAAACACAUUUACCAACUUUUACUAAAUACUCGCGUCAUCGGAUCCCAAAGGGAUUCUCCUCAUCAUGUCCAGUCAAGUUUUUUGACCAAAAGAAACUUCCAUGUGAACACAAAAAAGUGUCAGUCAGUCACCGUUGGUGAGAAUCAAUGUUGGUGGUGCUUUUGAUAGAUGACCCAACUUGAAUAUUGAAGUGUUAAAGUGGUGAUACUGGGUGGGAACUCAAAAAGGGGAGAACUGAUUUUGUCUGUCGAGCAGUUGGAUAGUUUCAGAAUUUCUGAGUGCACAAAGGAAACCUACACGGUGCGAUGUUCAAUGCAUAUGUUGCUGAACUGAUUAUUUGUGACCUUUUAUCUAUACAGGAAGAGAAUCCUUUGCUCAAAGGCACCCCAAAGGUACUUUUACCCUGCACCCAUUUUUUCUAUCCUUCAUCGCACUCUCUACACCUCCAACCCAAGGUGAAGGUAGUAUUGCCACCAUAAGCUAAAUAUGUUGGUGAAUCGACUAGUAAAGGCCAAGUCUGUGUGCUUAUUUGCUCUCCAAAAUGAGUCUCUGUUUCCACGAGAAGCAAAAGACUGAAGUUUGUUAGUGUUGUAUAUCUACUUGUGUACGAUCACACCUGAUGUGUAAAAUGUCGUAGUGAGAAUACUGAACCUCACAAGCAGUCUAUCUAUAUGUGUUCGUUUGUUUAAUUAUUUAUUUGAGUACCAAGGCCCUGGUUGUGAAAAUAUUAUUUAUUAUAAUGUUGAAACAAACAGACAUGUUUUCGGCGAUAAUGGCGAUGAUGAUGAUGAUGGUUUAGACAAGUGUAUGUCGGAGAGAAUUGAAGUGAUAACUCACCCGCCUUGUUUAUAGAAUGCAAUGAAUGAAUGGAUAAAGUUGUCACUAACGGAGAGAAAUGGUAUCAUUAUAAACUGUUAAUGCAGAUGUAUUUAAAUAUGUUUUCUUGUAGUUUCUCUACUAUUUAUGUGUAAAUUAAAAGUCUAUACAAUA